UAUGAGAAGCCCAGGAUGCUAGAUUGAUAUGGGUUGGCUGGCUUUCCUAUAAAUGAACUUUCCAACCAAAUAAUUGAAGCUGCAGUCAUGGGUGAUGGGAAGCCUUAGCAUUUUGCCCUCACUGGACCACAAGAAAAGGGACAAAAUCAUUGGGUCAAUAGAGAAGGACUGACGAUAAGACCUUUUAAAAUUUUAAAAAAAUAUAAAAAAUGAAGAAGAAAAUGGGGUGAGAUUUGCAAGGAUGGUAGUGAAUUUGAGCCUUGAGGGGGGAGGUUUAGGCAUCUGCAGAUGGCUUCUUGUCUUUCAAACUGCGUAAUCCAGAGGUGCAAGAGAAGCCCCAGGAGCUUCUUUGAUUGGAACAUAGGCAGGCCAAACAUUGAUGCAAGGCCACAGCCCAAGUACCAUGAUAUUCAUCAUCUCCCCUUCUCACCUUCUCUUGUCAGCCAAACAUUCUUAAGGGGAAGAGAACUCAGAUGCUGCUAUAGAGCCACCAUCGAUGGAUUUAGCGCGACUUCAUUUCACAAUCAGUGUGACUUCAAGGGGCCUUGCGUGAUCAUCGGAUACACAAAUAAGUCCUUCAAGUUUGGAGCAUUUAACCCUGAAGGCUAUCGAAGCACCGAUGAUUAUUAUGACACUUUUGAUGCAUUUUUGUUCUAUUGGACACACAAUGAUCAAAGUGAACCUAUCAAUUUACCUAAAGUUGGUGGUAGUGGUGCGGCUCUUUUUGAUUAUGCUCGGGGUGGACCGCAGUUUGGGGCUGAUGGGCUACUCAUUGGGCCCCCGCUAGCACCAGUUAUGGGUGGAUUUUCUGGGCCUGAUACAAAUUCGGGUGUCGGUGAUUUGAGGCAAGCUAAAUCUAGACUGGGAUUGUCUUAUGCCAAAAGGGAAGAUGGGAAGGAGUCCAUCUUUGGUGAUGAAUUCAGGGCCACUCUUCAAGAAGUGCAAGUCUUUUGUAGUCCUGAAAUUGCAAGCUUGUACUAGAAUGCAUAGGCAUAGUAACUUUUAGCUUACAGAAACCAACUGUAAAGAGCAAAAUGUUCUGAAUAUAUAUAUAUACCCCUGCUUUAAUA